AUGCCGCCUGGUGGUGGACAACAGCAGAACCAGGAUAACAAGAACAAGAAAGACCAGGCUGCUCAGAAGAAGAAAUGGGAGCCACCUUUGCCCACUCGUGUUGGAAAGAAGAAAAAGCGUGGCCCUGAUACUGCCUCCAAACUCCCUGCUGUCUUCCCCGCUACUCGCUGCCGUUUGAGGCUUCUCAAGAUGGAGCGUAUCAAGGACUAUCUGCUUAUGGAGGAAGAGUUUGUCCAGAACCAAGAACGUAUGAAGCCUGAAACAACGAGGGAGGAGAAGAAUGAAGAGGAUAGAACAAAGGUGGAUGAUUUGCGUGGAAGUCCGAUGGCUGUAGGCACGCUGGAGGAAAUCAUCGACGAUGACCAUGCCAUCGUCAGCACUGCGUCUGGACCUGAGUACUAUGUAUCCAUAAUGAGUUUCGUGGACAAGGACCGCAUUGAGCCUGGGUGCCAAGUCCUCCUGCACCACAAAACCCAAGCGGUCGUCGGUGUGCUGCAGGAUGACGCGGAUCCGAUGGUCAGUGUAAUGAAACUUGACAAGGCGCCUACAGAGAGCUAUGCCGAUAUCGGUGGGCUCGAGAAUCAGAUACAAGAAAUUAAAGAAUCCGUCGAAUUACCUCUAACACACCCCGAACUUUAUGAAGAAAUGGGUAUCAAACCGCCUAAAGGUGUCAUAUUAUACGGUGUCCCUGGUACAGGGAAAACGCUGCUUGCCAAAGCCGUGGCAAACCAGACCUCUGCGACAUUCUUGCGUGUUGUCGGCUCCGAGCUUAUACAGAAAUACCUCGGAGAUGGACCGAAACUUGUACGAGAGUUGUUCCGUGUAGCUGAGGAGCAUGCUCCAAGUAUAGUCUUUAUUGAUGAAAUCGAUGCUAUUGGUACGAAACGAUACGACUCGACAUCAGGAGGCGAGCGGGAGAUCCAACGUACUAUGUUGGAACUCCUCAAUCAACUGGAUGGUUUCGAUACUCGUGGAGACGUCAAAGUAAUUAUGGCCACAAAUAGGAUCGAGUCACUCGAUCCUGCACUCAUUCGACCCGGUCGUAUCGACCGUAAAAUCGAAUUCCCACUACCAGAUGUUAAGACGAAGAGGCACAUUUUCAGAUUACAUACGUCACGUAUGAGUCUUAAUGAAGAUGUUGACCUCGAAGAAUUUGUUAUGGCAAAGGACGAUUUAUCAGGUGCAGAUAUCAAGGCAGUGUGUACAGAGGCUGGUCUACUAGCAUUGAGAGAACGACGGAUGCGUGUGACGAAGGCCGAUUUUACCUCGGCAAGAGAGAAGGUCCUGUACAGGAAGAACGAAGGGACGCCAGAAGGCUUGUACCUAUAG